UGGGAGGAGGGUACCGAGGGGCUGACGGACCGUCGGAACCUCCGCAGCAUCCGAACCGAACCCGGGAUCCGAACAAGACCCGCAGACACAGCGGAGGCUAAGAAAACCGACUGCACCCAAACGCAGCAGGACGGCUCCUCCUCAGGUGAGCCAGGACUGUUCGGGAGGAAGAACCGUCGACCAGCCGGACCUGGAGCUGCAGCCCGGAUCACCAGAACCAGGGAGGCUCGGCUGUCUUUAGUCUUCACGUCCUCGGUUCCUCGGAUCGGGAGUUCGGACCCUGAGGAUCCGGAGACUCGGUUCGGAGCCGGAGCUCGGUGUUCCUGCAGUCAGAGAGCAACCGGGGGAGGAGCGGCCCGGUUCCGGACGGAUUGUAGCAGAUUCUGGACCGAAGGAGCUCCAAGAGCCGAGACGGACUCUGCACCGCCUCCACACAUGGGUUAGACCCGGACCGGUUAGACCUGGACCGGUUAGACCCGGACCGCUAAUCUAGAACAGAACCCGUAGGGUCCGCUCACACCUGCCCAGCCCGACCCUCAGGGUUCGGAUGAUGUAGGACCCAGCUGCCUCCCUGAGCACCUCGGAACCACCACCCCCCACCUGAAGCCCGGAGACCCACCAUGCCGGCCGGGAUGAAACCUCUGGAGAAGUUCCUGAAGAAGCAGACCACGGCCCUGACCCGGGCCGGAGGGUUCGGCGGGGUGGCGGACAAGUCCGCUGGGGGGACCGGGGCGUCCCGGAGGAGGGCCAGUCUGUCCCGGGUCGUCCCGUUCUUCAGGGAGACCUCACCUGAGAGCGGGCAUGCGCGAGAGGUCUUUAGCCCGGACAGUGAGGACCCCCCCUCCUGGCCCUCAGCCACCGGUCCGGUCUCUGCGCCCAGCAGCGCUAACGGCUCUGGUUCUGGUUCUGGUUCUGGAGGAGGAGACGUGCGCAGUCCGUCUCUGUCGAGCGACGAGCAGAGCUCCGAGGCCAGCCUGAUCAACGACACCAGCAGCUCCGGAGGAGGAGGAGGGACACCUCUUCAUCCUGACACUCCCGACAACCUGACGCUCGCCGUGCUCGACUGCGUGGCUGGAAAACGCCUCGGACACUGCACAGAAACGCUGCUGGAUGACUUCAUGUUGACACAUCCCAUCUUCCUGACGGCCGACAGGCUCCAGCAGGUCCUGCUGCAGCAAUUCACACAGGAGGGAGAGGGGGGAGGCGGGGAGGGGGAGGCAGCGGCGGAGAGGAGGAGGGGAGGAGAGAGGGACGGGGAGACGGAGAUGAGCUCUGCGGAGAGGAAGCAGGCGGUGCUGAAUGUGGCAUUCAGGUACCUGGAUACGUACAGAGAGCUGCUGCAGGAGGAGGGCGAGCGCAGCAACAGCUUCCCUAAGGAGCUGUACAUAUGUGCUGUCCAGGAUCUGAGUCGGUACCCUGAGCUGGUGGAAGACGUCCUGAAACUGCAGAGGUGGACCGAGAUCCUGCACUGCCCCACCGAUGAGGAGAAGGAGAGCAGGAAGAAGCAGGUCCGGCCUCUGUUCAGACACUUCAGGCGUAUCGACGCCUGUCUGCAGCCCCGCGAGGCCUUCAGAGGCUCCGACGAGAUUUUCUGCAGGGUGUACACCCCGGAUCACUCGUACGUCACCAUCCGGAGCCGCCUGUCCUGUCGAGUCGGAGAGAUUCUGGCUCUGGUCAAAGAGAAACUUCAGUACAGCGAAGACCAGCCGGUUCUGCCUGGAAACCUGAUUCUGGUGGCCGUCACAUCAGCCGGAGAAAAAGCCGUGUUCCGACCCAGCGAUGAGGCCGUCUUCACCACGCUGGGAGUCAACACUCACCUGUUUGCCUGCGAGCCGUCUGAACUGGACUCUCUGCUUCCUCUUCCUGAGGAGAUCCACUGGACGCCGGGCGACAGCAAACUUCACGACAUGUCAGCAGAAGAAGUAGCCAGUCAGCUGGUGGCGUUCGACUGGGAGCUGUUCAGCUGCGUCCACGAGGUGGAGUUCGUGUGUUACGUGUUUCACGGCGAGCAGGCCCGCUGGCGCCCCCUGAACCUGGAGCUGGUUCUGCAGCGCUGCAGCGAGGUGCAGCACUGGGUCGCCACCGAGAUCCUGCAGUGCCAGUCGCUGCCAAAGAGGAUCCAGCUGCUCCGCAAGUUCAUCAAGAUCGCAGCGCUGUGCAAACAGCAGCAGGACCUGCUGUCCUUCCUUGCGGUGGUUCUGGGUCUGGAUAACCCCGCCAUCAGCAGACUGAGACUCACCUGGGAGGGUCUCCCAGGAAAGUUCAGGAAGCAGUUCCAGCAGUUUGAGAGCGUCGCGGACCCAUCCAGGAACCACAAGUCCUACAGAGACCUUAUCACCAGCCUGAGACCUCCCCUUAUCCCAUUCACCCCACUGCUGCUCAAAGACCUGACGUUUCUGCACGAGAGCUGCAAGACGUUCCAUGGAGAACUCGUCAACUUUGAGAAGAUGCAUAAAGUGGCUGAGAUGGUCAGAACCAUCAGGCGGUUCCGGAGCUCCCAGCUGGCCAUGGAUACGGAGACGUCCCCGUCCCACUUGCAGACCAAGGCCUACGUCCGGCAGCUGCAGGUCAUCGACAACCAGAACCUUCUGUUCGACAUGUCCUGCAAGCUGGAGCCCAAAGACACGUAGACGGGCCAGCGGAGGACCUCCAGAACCAGAACCCAGAGGAAGACGUUCUGAUCUGCUCCUUGUUCUCACUGACUGCCUGAAACAACUAAACAAAGUUCUGACCCGACCCGAAUGCCUGAAAACCCUGGAUUUGGUCUCAGACCAAGAACCAGAACCCAGACUGUGUCCCGGACCUCUGGUUCCCAACACAGCCGAGACAAAGAACUGAGCAGAUUAUUUAUUUAUUGUUUUCUAAAAUUACGGCAACAACAGGAGGACAAAAAGACAAACAGCCAUGUUAAUAUUACUUUAUUCAA